AAAUCCCGUUUGCGCAUGCGUAACAAAAGAUGCAAUGGCGGAAGCAACACCCAAAAAGUUCCAAAAUGAACAUUGGAAGAGAUUAGACAGCGUACAAGAUGCAGACAGCUUGCGUCAAGAGUCGGUUAAUGCAAAACAUCAUCAUCUUAUCACAGAAAUAGAGACUUCUGAUGGCCCCCUUGCUACAACUUUGCGUGCUGUUUAUGAUGAUGAUGACCUUGACAAGUUUGUACACCUAUUGGAUAGUACAAUUAAGUCACAUGAUCGUGAAAUUGAGCGGAUGUGUAACUACCACUACCAGGGCUUCAUCGACUCUGUCAGAGAACUUCUUCAAGUCAGUACUGAUGCUGCCCAUCUCAGGGGUGAAAUAGAUGCCACAAAUACAGCUCUACAGGUGUCAUGUGAGCCAUUGAUGCAGAAAGGAGAUCAUUUGGUGCGUUGUCGACGUGUACAGAAGAAUAUAGCGUCAGCCAUAGAACAACUAUCAUUAUGUCUUCCAGUUUUGGAAAUGUAUGGUAAACUCCAGGAACAGAUGAAGGAUAAAAGGUUUUAUCCUGCAUUGAAGACACUAGAACAGUUAGAACACACGUAUCUGCCACGUGUCAGUACACACUGGUUCUCCGAGACUAUGACAGAAGCUAUACCACAGCUUCGUAAUCGUAUAAAGGAGGCUUCCAUGAUAGAUCUGAAAGAUUUCCUCGAAAAUAUUCGUAAACAUUCAGCAAAGAUUGGCGAGGUCGCUAUGAGACAUGCAGCAGAACAGAACAAUAUGGACCCAUCUAUUGUAAAGAAGAGAAGUAAGAAACGUAAAGCCCCUGCUCCACCUAAUCCAUUUACAGGAGAAGUUGAAGAUACCCAGCAUGAGAUACAUGUCUCAGAUGAUGAAGACGCGGAGGAGGAACUAAGUGCCCAAGAUCUGAUUGACUUUUCACCUGUCUACAGGUGUCUGCAUAUAUAUACAGUUCUGAGUGAUCGUGAACAUUUUGAAACAUACUACAGAAAACAGAGGCGGAAACAAGCCCGACUUUCACUCGACCCACCUUCUAAUAUGCAUGAAUCAAUAGACAGUUACAAGAAAUACUUUCAUGAUAUUGUAGGAUUUUUUGUGGUGGAGGAUCAUAUACUGAGUACUACACAUGGUCUAGUCAACAGGUCGUACAUGGAUGAACUGUGGGAAACAUCAGUUAGCAAAAUAGUUGCUGUGCUACGAACAAAUUCUGCCCAGUGCAAGGAAGGCAACAUGAUGUUAGAAAUAAAGAAGCUUAUUGUGUUGUUUUGUCAUACAUUAAAGGGAUAUGGAUUCAGUGUUGGUCAUCUUCUAGAAUUAUUAUUGGAAUUAAGAGACCAGUAUAGUGAUACACUGACGAGACAGUGGGUGGGGGUGUUUAACGAUAUAUUUGCCGAGGAUAACUAUACACCAAUCUAUAUAGAGGAUGAAGCUGAAUAUGUAUCUGUGAUAACGCAGUUCCCAUUUCAAGAUGACGAACUUACCCAGGCACCAUACCCGAAGAGAUUCCCAUUUUCACAGUUUGUUCCGAAUGUUUAUAACCAAGUUAAGGAGUAUAUUAAUGCCUGCCUAAAAUUCUCUGCUGAUUUACAUUUAAGUCAUACAGAAAUAGAUGAUAUGAUAAGGAAAUCUACAAAUCUGCUGUUAACACGGACACUAAGUGGAUGCCUGUCAAAUCUUAUAAAGAUGCCAAAUCUUAGUCUAUUACAGUUGAUACAGAUAUCAAUAAACAUGAAUUACUUGGAGAAAUCCUGUAGCCAUUUAGAAGAUUAUAUCUCCAGUAUAACAGGUGCUGAGAAAGAUAGUGUGCAUGCUGCCAGAUUACAUGGGACUUCAAUGUUUAAGGAUGCAAGAAGUGAAGCAGAGGAGUAUAUCUAUAGAAAGCUCAACAAUAAGAUCGAUGAAUUCCUCGAACUAGCUGCCUAUACAUGGAGUCAGUCUGAGCCAAGUGGACAUCCGAGUGGUUAUCUGAUGGACUUGAUAGCUUUUCUACAGAGUAUAUUUAUGUCAUUUACCAACUUGCCGGCUAUGGUGAUGUGUGUACCGGAGAAGGUGGCAAAGACUGCAUGUAUGUCAGCAUGUAAACAUAUUGCUCAAAGUUUGAUGGAUUUCCUGCUAGAUAAUAACGUACAGUUGAUGACACCAUAUGCACUACAACAGUUUAACCGUGAUGUAACCGAGUGUGAAAACUUUGCAGCAUCAGAACCUGUACCAGGAUUUAAUGAUGGUACUUUACAAAUGGCAUUUGCUGAUCUUAGACAGGUUAUGGACCUGUUUAUAAAGGAAGAAUGGUCAACAUAUCUUAAUGAUUAUAACAAACCGUCGGCCAAGUAUAGCCGUGUACAACCUCAUGUUGCAAUCAGUAUCAUGGAGAAAUUGAGUAAUUCUGAGAAGAAGAAAACGAAAGUGUUUGUAUCAUUAAAGAAGAAUGAGAGAGAGAAGAAGAAACUUCAAGAAACUGUUUUAAAACAAUUAAAAGGACUUGUAAAUGGACAAACCCAGGCAGCUGGGCACAGCUGAGAGUGAUAAUAGUAUUGUGAUAACUAUAGGAGACAAUGAGAUUAUUGGGCUAUAGUGUGUAAACAUUGGCCUGUCAUAUAGGUGUUUGUCUGUACAACUACCAGUACAUAUAUUGUUGUGUCUAUGAAGAAGAUGAAUGUCAUGGCAAAGGGGCCAAAAAUGUGAUAUCAAGAGACAUUAUCUAAACAGAUAUAUAGCUCUUACCCAGUUGUCAUAACUACUUAAGUUGUACCUAACUUCCCAUAUAAUCCAUGUGACUUGGACAUUUCGUUUUCAUCAUUUUAAACCUCAGACCAUCUGUGUUUCAAGCAAAAACUUUGGUCAAUCUUGUUAAAUCUGGCUUACAGUUUGAAGUGUGUUUUGGUAAUGCAGCUUGCAGUGAGAAGUUUUAUACAGUAACUUGCUAGAUAAAUUAUGUUUAGAUCAUGUUUAUGAAGACCAUAACAUAAUCAUUUGUUUAUUUACAUGUUGUGUUCACAAACAAAUAUUACACAAUUAUUCCAUCUCUAGAGUGCUGAAACAUUCUUUGCUGAAAUUAAGCUAUCAUUCUGCUGCGAUUAAAAAUUUUUUACAGACUCUGGAAGCUUGAAGGAAUUCCACUGAGGUCCCCAAACCUAUAAUUUAAAUCCAAAAGACAAAAAAGGAAGAAAUAAUGCGAUGUGGGUUGUUGGCCGAUAUUCAGUUUUAAAAAAGUGUUUUCAUUUUGGUCAAAAUCCGAUUUAAAAAUUUUCAUUUCUUUUCACUUAAAUUUACAUUAUAUUUAACAUAUCUCAAUGCAAAACAAUGAAAUAUAAAGGAUUAGCUAGAGAAUACAAUGUUUAUGUAUUCAUAAGGGAAUUUUUAUGAUGUGUCUAUAAGCAUAUGAAUCUGCAACAAUGAUAUGCAUUAUAAGGUAUGUUCAUGCAGAGAUAAUGUUAUUUAUUUAGUUUUGCUGUACAUUAUUAAGGGUUGAUAAGAUAGUGGUUAAUAGUAUUGAGGAAACUAAGAAUGUGAUAUAUUUUUUAUCUACAUUGAUAAAGAAAAACAAACCAUUAAUUAAUUCAUUAUAAUUAAUUUCCUGUUUUUGAAAAAUGCAUGUUUUGUUUCUUUAAGGGAGCAGUGUGUAAUCGUAAUGUUUGAACAAUAAUGGCAACUUGUGUCACUUUUGUAAUUUAAUACAGUUGAAUUAAUAACAAAACUAUGAAAAUGUUACCAUGAAAGUAUUCAACUGUUUAAAAUAGCUGUAUAAAAUAUUAUAUUUCCUGUAUACAUUCACCAGUUUUAUCUCAAUCCCUAGUCACAUUAUUUAAGAUAUAUGUAAUAUUAAGAUUAUUCGUGUAAUUGGCAUUAAUAUAUUCCCACCAAAUAUAUCAAACCUGCUUGGUUAUUUCUUGACCAUUCCUUUAGUUAGUUUUAUACGGCAUUACAUGUAUUUGUAUUACACUAACAUGUAAGAAAUAUUAUAAAGAGCAAAGAUUUUGCAAUGUUUCCUCAGUUUGUUUGUAUUUUUCAUCAUUUUUCAUGACCUUAAGGAAUGAUGUUGAUAAGAGAACAAAAAUAUUUCUGUUUAACUGAUGUUUUAAUUUUGAGAACAAUGUCUAGUUUAUAUAAUACAAAUAAGUAUCUUACACCUUGACAUGUUGUUGUCCAAUUAUCAUUUCUAGAGAUUUGUUCACAAAAAGUUUUUCAAUUUAUGAUACAUCAAAUGUCCUUUUGUAAGGUCAGUGGUUCUACUCUCGUGUCUGCGUGUGCCUAUGAUAAUAUACAGAGGGGCAUCUGAGGUGUCCCUUCAUCAGUAAAAAAAUGGAAAGUUACUGUGACAAUUACAUUGUUGGUGUGUUAUAAAAAGCCAUCAAAAAUGAAAUAAAAAAGUGGAAAUUUUGAACACUGACAUCAGAGAUGUAAUGAAGUAAAUCUAGCUUUUCAACACAACUUUAAAGAGAUUUGAAUAGAACAAAUGUGAAUUACAUCAUUAAAUAUGCUGAAAAAAAUUAAAUGUUAAUUUAGAUAAGACUUGUUGAAAAGUGAUAGAUAUAGAUAUAUGAUUGUAAUGUGAUAUAUAAAUAUACAUUUGUGUUAAAUACUGAGAUAUGUAUAACAACUAUUUUAUUUACUUACUAAUUAUAAGCUUGAUUUAUUCUAUGCAAGGUAUUUUUAGUUCAGUUUGGUGCCAUAUGCAUUUUGUUUUAUUUGUAACCUAAUUAGUAAAAUACUCCUAAAUUUGAUAUGUUAGUGAAUGCAUUAUAUGUGAGUCAUGCAUUAGACAAUGUGUGUCAGACUUUAUAAUUUAUAGAAAAACUGAUGUUAAUAGUUGACAUGAAAUGUUAAGUAAAACAGAUGUGACAAUAUUACCUCUCUGGUAAUCAUGAAUAGAUAAAACUAUUAAUUUAUAUUAAUAUUUAUAUUAAUAUAUAAAAAAUAUACAUAAUAUUUUUUAUUGUGUCGCCUUGAAAAGGUGACAUAUAGGGGUUACUUUCGUCGGCGGCGUCUGUGUCGGCGUCGUUGUCGGCGUCGUCGUCGGCGUCCCCUAAAGCUUGUCCGGAGCAUAACUCAGUCACUAUAAGUCUGAUUGACUUCAAACUUGGUAUGCAUGCUUCUUUCAAUAACCUGAAGUGCAGUGCACAAGGACCGGUACUCUGCAGUUCUUAUUUUUUGAGUUAUUGCCCUUUGUUAAUUUUCAUACUUUAAUUUUGUCCGGGCCAUUUCUCUUCAACUAAAAAAGCUAUGGACUUGAAACUUCAUAGGAUGAUAGAUCUCAUUAAGAAGAAGUGCAGUGCACAAGAACCGGUACUCUGCACUUCCUAAUUUUUUAGUUAUUGCCCUUUGUUAAUUUUCAUACUUAAUUUUUGUCCAGGCCAUUUCUCUGAAAGUAUAAAAGUUAUGGACUUGAAACUUCAUAGGAUGAUGGGUCUCAUUAAGAAGAAGUGCAGUGCACAAGAACAGGUACUCUGCAUUUCUUAUUUUUUGAGUUAUUGCCCUUUGUUUAUUUUCAUACUUUAAUUUUGUCCGGGCCAUUUCUCCUUAAGUAUAAAAGCUAAUGACUUGAAACUUCAUAGGAUGAUAGAUCUCAUUAAGAAAAAGUGCAGUGCACAAGAACCGGUACUCUGCAUUUCUUAAUUUUUGAGUUAUGGCCCUUUGUUAAUUUUCAUACUUAAUUUUUGUCCAGGCCAUUUCUCUGAAAGUAUAAAAGUUAUGGACUUGAAACUUCAUAGGAUGAUAGAUCUCAUUAAGAAAAAGUGCAGUGCAUAAGAAUUGAUACUCUGCAUUUCUUAUUUUUGAGUUAUUGCCCUUUGUUGAUUUUCUUACUUUAUUUUUGUCCUGGUCAUUUCUCCUCAAGUAUGAAAGCUAUGGACUUGAAACAUCAUAGAAUGAUAGAUCUUAUUGAUAAGAAGUGCAGUGCACAGAAACUGCUGCUCUGCACUUAUUAUUUUUUUAGUUAUUGCCCUUUGUUAUUUUUCAUAUUUCAUUUUUGUCCUGGCCAUUUCUCCUAAACUACAUUGUUCACAAGGCGACACAUCCGACUCGCGGAGUUCUAGUUUUUGUGAGUAAAGCUAGAUAUAAGCAUAUAAUUUCACCUCUUUCUUAUUUUCUUUGAAUUAUUAUCCCUACAGCAGCUUUCAAAUUCUUGAUAACAAGAAAUUAAGGUCAAGGAUUUUAUCUAAUUUUGACCCUUCCAGUUUCCUACAGGCCAUCAAAGAGAGGAACAUUGUUAAGUGCUGUCGUUUUUUCUCAUAGAAAACCAACAGGUUUUGGAGUGCUUGCUCUGUUAUUGUUAAUGAAUCUUAGUGCAAUAUGAUUGUAUAUAGUAAAUUAAUUGUUUAAUAUGUCUUACUGUUAAUGACAUUAAAAUCAUUGCCAAAAUUUUAUAAGUUUGGCAGAUUUAUUUCUGUAUUUUGCCUUUUGUUGUAAACACAUUUAUGAAACCUGGAUUAUGUCACUAAACACAUUUGCAUUGAAAUGUUGAUGAAUGAUAAAAAAAAACUUUUGAGGCUUUACACUCAUUUUUUUCGAUCAGUUGUUUGUAGCUUAUUAUUUUUUAUGUAAUAAUUAUAGUGAAAAUUAUUAUAUGAAAAUCAAAUUAAAUAUCCAGUCUGUAUAAAGGAUAGGCAAUACUUUAUAUGUGGAUAUUUCAACUUGUUGAGAAGUUAGCAGAUUAAAAUUUCAAGACAUUUCACAUGAGGAAAUAUCAGUGAAUAGUGCAAGGGUAGAAUUCAGACAGGUUGAUUGAUAUUUACGCUAAAAGAAAUAUGAUUUUCGUUAAUUCACGAAAUUCGCCAAUAUGUCCGUGUCACUAACUUAACAUCCUUUACAGUUAAGAAAUGUCCUUGUGAACAUUUUUCAUUAUUGGUGUAUUGAUUUUAUAAAUUUGUCAUCAAAUUACUUAUAUCUAAUUACAUUUAACCAUACCCUCGCUAAAUAUCUUAAAUGGACUUGUCCAUCUUUCAAUUAGGACAAAACCUGUUAUCAUUUUCAUUGAUAAUUUCAUAUUAAGUGUAAAAUGUCCGUUUGAUCAUGAUCUGCACUUGUGGCAUAGAUAAAAUCAGUUUCUGCCAACGGACUUAAGUGCUAAAUUAUGGUUUUAGGUCAAUUCUCCUUGUGAAUUCAUUUUAUUUUUCAAAAUUAAUGCUAUGCUUCUAAUUUUGUUAUAUUAUAACAUAUAAGCAAUUAAGUAUUGUUUAUUCGGAAGUGUUUUUAUACAUGAUUGAUUUAUUGUGGCAUGUUAAAUGAUUGUACUGAUCAUUUUUAUCCUGUUUUGUUAUGAAACUGCUUAUUAAAUUAUAAAACAAUG